CAGCAAAGCACCACAUAUAGCAGAAACCCUCACUUCUCACGUGAGAAAAUCCUCUCUUCCACCAGCCCAAGCUGCCAUCUCUGCAGUAGUCUAGUCAAGUUCUAUGGCUGGACCUACCCAGGCGCAGACUGGGAGCGUCAUUUGGAAGUGUAUCGCCGGUUAUGCUUUCACAAGGAUUGCAAUGAAUGCGUGGGGAUACCCCGGGACUCGCUAUGCAGAGUAUGUAGCCAUAUGCGGCUGGGCCAUAUCAUCCGCUGUGGGCUUUAUGGGUAUGAUCUGGAUAUAGUGCAGCGGGAAAAGUACUAUAACAAUGCAUUCGGGUUGUACGGGGUUCACUUGAUCUUGGGGCGUGUGGAUGAGGUACAGGAACGAUCUGAUUGUUCAACAUGUGCCGUGUUUGCGCCAGAGAUAGCCAGACUAGCGCCACUGAAGGGCGUCAAAGCAGACGCGGAGGUGACGUUGUCUGUGACACUCGAACCGGGGAGCUUGAAUGGUGUAGACUUUGACUAUCAAAUUGAGAUGGAGCUUAAUAGCGACAUUCGGAAAGCGAUUUCUACAUACUAUGGAACUGUAGACCCUCAGUCAGGAAAUUCUUUAAUCUCGAUUCAAAGACCAGAGGGGCAUAUAGAUUGGCGCAAAGUGUCUGGCUGGCUUCGUGAUUGUGACACAGAUCCUCAAAAACAUCAUACACCCUGUUAUAAGGAUAAUGUGCAACAUCUCCUACCCGGGUUUCGUGUCAUAGAUGUGCAGAGACGAUGUGUGCAACGAGCUCCUCCAUUCUGCAAUUAUGCAGCAUUAAGCUAUGUCUGGGGGAGCGCAGGUAGAUCAUUACAAGCACUUACAUCGAAUAUCGACAGCCUUUCGGUACCAGGGUCAUUAGCAGAUAAUAGUGUAUCAGCUGUCAUCCGACACGCGACGAUAGUAUGCGAUAAUCUCCAAGUGCGCUAUCUCUGGGUAGACAGAUUAUGCAUUCUCCAAGACGAGGAUAUAGAGAAGAAAAGCCCCCACCUAGACGCCAUGGGCAGGAUAUAUAACCAUGCAUAUGUGACGCUGGUUGCGCUCGCUGGCGACAAUGCCGAGUACGGUCUUCCUGGCGUGGACAGACGACCAGCACGAUGGACAGGAACGACACAGGGUCUCUACCUGCUCAAUGAAAAAUCUCCCUAUCCGCUAUUGGUCAGACAUUCAAAAUGGACAACUCGCGGCUGGACAUUCCAGGAAUCAAUGCUCUCCCAGCUUUUAUUGAUGUUUUCUGACAUGGGUCUCUUUUACGAGUGCAACGGGCGACAUGGAUAUACAGAUGAAGAGGCAGGAAGCGUGGAUACGUACUACAAGGCUCAGAUCGGGUUGACGAAUUACCGGAAGCUGAUAUAUGAGUAUACAAGCAAGGAUCUUACCUUCGAGUCAGACAUACUAAGAGCGUUCACGGGCAUAUUGCAUGCAGUUUAUGGGACUAACCAUUAUUUCGGCAUCCCGUUCGAAGAGUUCACCAAUGCUCUUCUCUGGUAUACAGAGGAUGGAAAGUAUCCACCACGAACCACGGAUGGGGAUGUAUUCCCAUCCUGGACGUGGCUAUCCACAAGAAAUACCGUCAAGAUCGAUCGUGACAUCUGGCCAGAUUGGAAGUCAAGCACCGCCUCGCUGGCUAUCUGGGCGAUUCCGUCUGGGAAUUCAUUCAAAUGUAUCCCAAACAUAUCCAAAAAGCGCCAUGAAGUUGGAGAGCAGGACGUGAAAGAGCAUCUCCAGACAGAACUGGCGGUGAUUAUAGCCUGGCGGGCAGGUUGUUUUCCCGAGACGUUCUCAGCAGAACUGGGCUUUAACUGUGCCUGGCGACAAUACGAAGACGCGAUAAACGAAAACUGGUCAUCACUGGCUGACAUUUGCGAUGCGGCACAAGGUAUUGACUCGCGCACUCUGUUGAUCAAGAAUAUGAAGACCAAAUUCCCUCUUUACCAACGCUGCCAACCCGGCCAUACCAUGGUGCACACCCAAUCUCUCCAUCUGCGCAUCCAACCAGUACAGCACAAUCCGCAUUCAGAAUAUACUCAAUAUGGGAAGCUCCAAGAGGCAACUGGAAAGGUCCUCGGAUGGAUCGACGAAGAAACGGCAAACUGGGACCUGAUCGAUCUGAAUACCGAGUAUGACGUUAUAGCUCUUUUCCUCCGCUGCGAUGCCGACGUGUCUGCCUUCGACCCUCAUGUAAAUGGGUCGGCGUACGCUGCGUUAAAAAAAUCGAAGUUUUCUUAUCCUGUGGAAUUAAUUGUGAGCGAGAGCACACAGCUGAUCGUGUAUUUGAUGGUGGUGAAGUCAGAAGAUGGGAUCAGUAGGCGAGUUGCGCUGGCGAAAAGUCACUUCGACGUUUGGAUUGAUGCAAAGCCGAAGUUUGGGACUUUUACUCUUGCCUAGUUACUAUGACAGAAUACCUCCAGAG